AUGUCUCAAAAAGUUGAAAUGGCCCAAACUAACCAAGAAUUACCGAAGCAGACGGUCGUCGUAAUUGGACUUGGUAUGGUUGGAUUGUCGUUUAUCGAGAAAUUAUUGAAGUACGAUGUUCACAAAAGAUUCAAGAUUGAAAGUUUUAGUGAAGAGCCUAGAGUGGCCUACAACAGAGUUGGUUUGACUCAAUACUUUGCCCAUCGUUCUGAAGAAGAGCUGUUCAUGCAACCUCCUCUUUGGUACGAAGAUCAAGAUGUUAAAAUUCACCUGGGUGACAAAGCGGAGCGAAUUGAUCGUGAAAAGAAGAUUGUUCACUCUUCCAAGGGUCUCGCCGUGCCUUACGACUAUUGCAUCAUCGCGACCGGUUCUUAUGCUUGGAAACCUCCAAUGCCAAAUGUCAAUAGCACCGGUGUAUUCGUCUAUCGCACAAUCGAUGAUUUGAAUGACAUCAUUUCCUAUAGUGCAAAUUGUAAAAAAUCCGCUGUCAUCGGUGGUGGUUUGCUCGGUCUGGAAGCCGCAAAAGCUUUACACGACCUGGGAUUGUCCUUGACCAUCGUGGAGGUCAGUCCUAUACUGAUGCCUCGACAGCUAGAUAAGAAAGGGGCCAAAUUGUUGCUCAGUGAGAUCGAAAAAUUGGGAAUCAAUCACGCUUUAGGUCAACCUCCCAAGGAAGUCGUUGUCGGUGAUGAUGGAAAAAUCAAAGGACUAUCUUUCCCGGAUGGUAAAUUUAUGGAAUUGGAUAUGUUGGUUGUUGCUGCAGGAAUCCGUCCACGUGACGAGAUCGCCAAGAAUUCGGGUAUCAACACCCAUCAAAGAGGUGGCAUCUUUGUCGACGACCGAUUGCAAACGAAUGAUCCAUCCAUUUUUGCAAUCGGCGAAGUGGCCUUGCACGGUGGAAUGAUUUAUGGCCUAGUCGUUCCAGGUUAUGAUAUGGCUGAUGUCGUUGCCGCCAAUUUGGCAAACCCGAGUUCCGAUCGGAAGUUUGCGGGUGGUGACUUGUCAAGCAAGCUGAAACUUCUUGGGGUCCAUGUGGCAAGCUUCGGUGAUUACUUUGCCAAAGAUGACGUGGCGAUGCCCCUUGUCUACAAAGAUCCAUUCGGCUCGGUGUAUAAAAAAUUGUUGUUCUCAAAAGAUGGAAAACACCUUUUGGGUGGAAUCCUGGUUGGUGACACCGAUGAUUACACAAAGCUUCAUGCACUGUCAAAAUCAAAGAAACCGUUGACCAUGAAUCCUAGCGAACUCAUCCUUGGCGUUAAGUCUGGGCAAGCGCCUGGUUCCGACGAUUUACCCGAUGAGGCACAGAUUUGUUCGUGCAACAAUGUGUCCAAAGGAGAAAUUCGCGAGGCCGUUCGAACCAAGAAUUGUCGAUCGAUCGGUGAGGUGAAGUCAUGCACGAAAGCUGGAACGGGGUGCGGUGGGUGUGUCCCAGUGGUGGUCGAAGUCUUAAAUGCCGAGUUAAAGGCCAUGGGACAAAAGAUGAGUCAAAACUUGUGUCCUCACUUCGAAUUUACGCGUGUCGAACUUUUCCAAAUCAUCAAGAUCAAAAAGUUAAGGACAUUCAAGGAGAUCAUUGAGACCUCUGGUAAAGUAGGAACCUAUGGUUGCGAAAUUUGCAAAACCACCGUCGCCUCAAUUAUCGCCAGUUUGUGGAAUGAGCCUAUUCUCAAUCAAGCUACCAUUCUUGACACGAAUGAUCGUUUCCUUGCCAACAUUCAACGCGGUGGCUCUUAUUCGGUCGUCCCACGAGUCCCUGGGGGUGAGAUCACGCCCGAAAAACUGAUUGUAUUAGGUCAAGUCGCCAAGAAAUAUGGGCUAUACACCAAGAUCACAGGCGGUCAACGGGUGGACCUUUUCGGGGCAAACAAGUAUGAUCUUCCGGAGAUUUGGGAAGAGCUCGUGAGCGCCGGUUUUGAAUCUGGUCAUGCUUACGGUAAAGCGUUGAGGACAGUCAAAUCCUGUGUUGGUUCGACCUGGUGUCGUUACGGGAUUGGCGAUUCCGUGGGUUUCGCAGUUCGAAUUGAAAAUCGAUACAAGGGCAUACGAUCUCCUCAUAAGAUCAAAGGUGCCGUUUCCGGUUGCAUACGAGAGUGCGCCGAAGCUCAAGGAAAAGAUUUUGGUCUCAUCGCCACCGAUAAAGGAUUUAACAUUUAUGUUUGUGGAAAUGGUGGUGCGCAACCGAAACACGCAGUGUUACUGGCAAAGGAUGUCCCGGAGGAAUUGUGUAUCAAAUAUUUGGAUCGAUUCUUGAUGUACUACAUUCACACCGCGGAUCGAUUGACGCGUACAGCGAGAUGGUUUGAAAAAUUGGAGGGCGGAAUUGACUAUCUUCGUUCAGUUAUAAUUGAUGACAAACUCGGAAUAUGCAAAGAUUUAGAAGAAGACAUGGCGCGUCUUAUUGACACCUACCAAUGCGAAUGGACAGAAGUUGUCAAUAAUCCAUCUCGACGAAAUUAUUUCAAACAAUUCAUCAACACCCCGGAAACACAACCGGAAAUCGAAAAAAUCGAGGAACGCGGUCAAAAACGUCCCGCCGAUUGGCCAAAGGUAUUCUCAGAUCCUUAUGAGAAACCAAAGGUGGAAGACCUGGGGGAUCAAACAACAUGGGUUAAAAUAGCUCCUGUCGACGCAUUCCCUGAAGACGGAGGUCAAGUCAUAAAAUAUGGUGAAACGCAAAUUGCGAUAUUCAACACCGGUCGAAAGCGCUGGUACGCCACUCAAAAUAUGUGCCCUCACAAGAGAGCAUUUGUACUUGCCAGCGGUGUAAUUGGUGACAAUGAGAAUGGCGUCUUUCACGUUAGUUGUCCGAUGCACAAGAAAAAUUUCGCCCUUGAAACCGGCGAGUGCAUUUCCGGUGACGUGGAUUUGAAGAUUAUGACGUUUGGUGUUAAGGCGGAAGAUGACUACGUUUGGCUCGAGCUUCCGCCGUCGCAAGAAUUGGAUCGACUGCUCGGAACCAAUAAAUGGAUUGUUACUAAAAAAUGCGGCACCAACAAAUCAUUGAAGGCGUCGAUUGAUGUGCAAAUUGUGGGUAGCACCGAGAAUGCUGGUUGUGCGAGCGCAGAAUGUGGUGAUAAAAAGCUUGAUUGGUAA